UUUCUUCAAGCAACAACUGUCAGAUCGAGUGCUCAAAUAGUUUGUCUCGUUGCACGUCCGUACAGAUCGUCUACAUGGCUUCAUCGAACGAGUCGCCUUAUUCUUGCUGUGUGGCUCGAUCGGUUCACCUCAGAUUCCAGCCCGAUGACGAUUGCAUCGACGUGUUCUACAACGAAGUGACGGUCGAGAGAACGACGCCUGGCUCGUAUUUUAUGGUUUGCGGCUGGAGCUGUGGCUACUUCGGCAUCCAGCAGCUCACCGAAGACAUGAACGAAGAAAAGGUAGCGCUUUUUUCGGUUUGGGAUCCCACAACUGGCGAUGAUCCCGAUCAGGUUGCACCUACGGACAGGGUGAUAGUGGAAAACGCAGGCCAGGGAGUUGAAGUGGACCGCUUCGGUGGUGAAGGCACAGGAGCCAAAUUAAUGACUCCAUUGCCAUGGAAAAUCGGCGAAACUGUGGCCUGUUUCGUAAGGGCUCACCGACAAGGCGAUCGUUCUUGCUACACAGGUUGGAUCAAAGCUUCGGCAACGAGCGAUUGGCGAUGCCUGGGUACGCUGAAAACUCGAGCGGCAGGUGUCCUCCUGACUGAUUUGUACUCGUUUAUCGAAGACUUCCGUCGUGACGUUUGCAGUGCCGGCCAGAACCGUCACGCCUCGUUCAGCAACGGAUGGGUAAGGAAAGUGGGUCCACCGUCCAGUUGGUGUUCUCUUUCCACAGCUGACUUCACCGCCUCGGACGCAGAGUGGGAGGCAAAAGACACCAUCGACGCUGGCGCAUGCACCAGGGGCUUUUAUCUCAGUACGGGAGGGGACGUUUGCUCUUCUGUCGACCUCGGCUGCCGGAUCGACUGCAGCCAUAUCCGCCGCCGACCGCCGGUUUUACCGCUGCCUUAAAUCUUCCAACUCACCUGUCCAUGUAUCAAGGCUUGUUUGUAAUUAUGUAACAAAUAGCAACAUAAAAUAACAACAUUCUCUC